AUGAAAGCUGUGUACAUGUACUGUCUGAUGUUUUUGGAGAACUCUUCAAUUCAUGGACUGAAUCAUUUAAUAGCAAAGAAGCGAACUCCUACGGAACGUGUCUUGUGGUUACUUUUCAUUUCCGCUGGCAUAGUUGGCGCGGUGUCAUUUGGGGUGUCAACGUGGAGACGUUAUCAGAGCAAUCCGACAGUCGUAUCAAUGGAACGAGAGUACAAGGACUGGAACACUUCAUUUCCCAGUGUUACCAUCUGCCCUCAACAGAAAUACAACAAUAUUUCCGCAAAAGCAAAAAGUCAGAGUGACGACGUCUACAAAUUCAUAAAAAAUCUUGUCUCUGCCUCAUACGAAAACUUUGAUGAGCUCGAACCGGGUCUUUCAGAGGGAAUAUUCUCUCCCGAACAAUACAUGGAAGUAAUCAUUAAUAAUUCUUUUGAACUCACCCACAAGUCGAAUUUUGACGUUCAUUUUACAAAGACUAUCACAGAGAUGGGACUGUGUUACACAUAUUUAUCAAAUAUCGCCAUUUAUAAUUCACCAGAAUACUGGCAAAAUAAAAACUGGACCAUAAUGAAAAAAGACGUACAGUUAUAUGGAAAUCCACUCAGCGGAGAAAUCAGCUUACAAAUUACGAAUAUGAAUUCGGGAUCAAAGGUAUAUAUUCACAAUGCCCACGAAGUACCAGAUUCGUCAAGCCAUUUUUUAAAUUUGAAAUACGGUAACCAGCUGACAGUCAGCGUCCUUUCGCUCACCAUAUACAGCACAGACGACGUGACGUCAUUAAACAUAUAUCAACGAAAAUGCCGUUUCUUGGAAGAGUCUGAUCUUCAAAUUAGUCCGGUGUACUCCUACAAUCUCUGUCGCAUGCAGUGCAGAAUGGAGCAGGCAAUACGCCUGUGUGGAUGCAAACCUCACUUCUACAGAACCAAACUAAAAUUUCCGGUGUGCAACCUUGGAGGCAUGAGGUGUUUGGGACGUUACAAAACCACGCUGAUAUCACUGAGGGAAGAUAAGCAUAAACUAUGUGACUGUCUGCCGCCAUGCGAUGAUGUAAACUAUGUCAUUGACUAUGAAGAGCAUAUUGAAUGGAAAUUGGGUACUAACGUAAUAGUAAAGCUAUCAAAGUAUCCACGCAUGCGAUUAAAGCGAAGUCUAAUAUUUGGGUUCACUGACGUAUUAGUGGCAAUUGGUGCAUCUACAGGAUUAUUUCUGGGGUGCAGCAUCCUCAGUUUCUUAGAGAUUAUAUACUUCUUCACACUUCGGCUUUACUGGUUCACCCUUAGUAGAAGGUUUAAUUAGG